CUCUCUCUCUCUUUAGCUCAUUCCCUUGCUCUACUUCUCCGCUUCCCCUUCUCACGAGACUUGCUUCCCGUCACCGCCCGGUAACCAUGCCAAUCUCUCACCGCCACCAUCUUCACCACCUUCUCCUCCCUCUCUUCCUCUUCAUCCUCUCGCCGGCGUCGUCCCAAACCGACGCCGGCGACCGCGCCGCCAUGCUAGACCUCGCUCGCGCCACCGGCGCCACCCGUUCCGCCCUCUCCUGGUCCCUUUCCGCUGACCCCUGCACGUGGUCAGGCGUCUCCUGCUCCUCCGGCCGCGUCACCUCCAUCCACGCCGGCAACCGCUCUCUCUCCGGCACCCUCCCUUCCUCCCUGUCCAACCUCACAGCCAUUACCCAUCUGGAGUUCCAAUCGAACCGCCUCUCCGGCCCUCUCCCCUCCCUCCCCUCCCUCUCCUCUCUCGACACUCUUCUUCUCCACUCCAACUCCUUCUCCUCCAUCCCCUCCGACUUCUUCUCCGGCCUUACCUCUCUUCGCGCCGUCUACCUCGACGACAACCCCUUUUCUCCAUGGCCCUUCCCUGAUUCCCUUUCCUCCAAUCUCCAGAACUUCUCCGCCACCAACUGCAGCAUCAAUGGUCAUAUCCCUGACUUCCUCGGCACUGCCUUCCCAAGCCUCUCCCAUCUCGCUUUAGCUUACAACCUCCUCCAUGGCUCCCUUCCUCUCUCCCUCUCCUCCUCCUCCCUCCAAACUCUCUGGCUCAACAACCAGCGUGGUCCCUCUCAGCUCUCCGGCACCAUUGACGUUAUCGCCAACAUGACCUACUUGACCCAGCUCUGGCUACACUCCAACGAGUUCUCCGGUCCCUUGCCCAACUUCUCCUCUCUCACCGCCCUACAAGACCUCAAUCUCCGUGACAACCACUUCACCGGCCCGGUCCCCCUGUCUUUGACCUCCUUAACGUCGCUCAAACGUGUAGCGCUCACCAACAACCUCCUGCAAGGCCCGGUGCCGGAGUUUAGACCUCAAGUUGAGACCUUGGAUCUUGUCGCAAGCUCUGAGAGCUUCUGCUUGGAAAAGCCCGGAGCUUGUGAUGCUAGAGUGAGUAUACUGUUGACCGUUGCUGGGGGCUUCGAGUACCCCGAGAAGCUCGCAGAGAGUUGGAAGGGGAAUGACGCUUGUGAUGGUUGGCUUGGCAUCUCUUGCGACGCCGGAGGGAAUAUCACAGUGGUGAACUUUCAGAAGAUGGGACUCAACGGUAGUAUCUCCCCAGCUUUCGCUUCGCUGACCUCUCUGCAAAAGUUGCUGCUUUCUAGUAAUCAUCUCACCGGCAGCAUUCCUCCGGCGCUCGCUCAAAUUCCGUCGUUGAAAGAGCUGGACGUGUCUAACAACUCCUUACAGGGUAAAGUUCCCAGCUUUCGCCAGAAUGUGCUUGUGAACACUAAAGGCAAUCCAGGGAUUGGCAAGGAUGCCGCUGGAAGAACUCCGGCGAACGGUAGUGAACCAAGUGGUGGGAAGGGUCCUGUCGCCGGUGAGGGAGGGAGCGGUGAUAAUGGAGAGAAAAAGUCCUCAUCAUCUUCUUCUCAUGUGGGUAUCAUUGUUGGUUCGGUGCUCGCCGGCGUUUGUGCUCUUUGCGUUGUUGGAUUGCUUGGCUUUUGCUAUUACAAGAGAAAGCAGCAACCUUUCCGACGAGUUCAAAGCCCAAACACUACUGUGAUCCAUCCCCGGCAUUCAGGUUCUGACCCGGAGACCUUGAAGGUCACUGUAGCGAGCUCUAGCAUCAACGGUGGUGGCACGGCAGCAAGUGAGACUUAUAGCAGGACAAGCAGUGGACCAAGUGAUCUCCAUGUAGUUGAGGCAGGGAACAUGGUGAUCUCAAUUCAAGUAUUGAGGAAUGUUACUAAUAACUUCAGUGAGGAGAACAUCUUAGGCAGGGGAGGAUUCGGCACCGUGUACAAAGGGGAGCUCCAUGAUGGCACGAAGAUAGCGGUAAAGAGGAUGGAGGCCGGAGUUAUGGGAAACAAGGGACUCAAUGAGUUCAAGUCUGAAAUAGCAGUGCUCACCAAGGUGAGACACAGGCAUUUGGUUUCUCUUCUUGGAUAUUGUUUGGAUGGCAAUGAGAGGCUCUUGGUUUAUGAGUAUAUGCCUCAAGGGACACUUAGUAGGCAUCUGUUUGAUUGGAAGGAAGAGGGAUUAAAACCAUUGGAAUGGAAAAAGAGGCUUAGCAUUGCACUGGAUGUUGCUAGAGGAGUUGAGUAUUUGCACAGUUUGGCACAUCAGAGUUUUAUUCAUAGAGAUCUUAAGCCAUCUAAUAUUCUCCUUGGAGAUGAUAUGAAGGCUAAGGUUGCUGAUUUCGGUCUUGUUCGACUUGCGCCCGAUGGCAAAUGUUGCUCUGUUGAGACUAGGCUUGCCGGCACUUUCGGUUAUCUUGCUCCGGAGUAUGCAGUAACCGGGCGAGUGACAACGAAGGCUGAUGUUUUCAGCUUCGGAGUGAUACUCAUGGAGUUGAUCACCGGUAGAAAGGCAUUAGAUGAGACUCAACCGGAGGAAAGUGUGCAUCUAGUAACAUGGUUUCGUCGAAUGCAGCUCAACAAGGACACAUUCAAGAAGGCAAUUGAUCCUACAAUCGAUGUCGAUGAAGAGACCCUCGUGACCAUUAGCACCGUUGCAGAGCUUGCUGGUCAUUGUUGUGCAAGAGAACCGUACCAGAGGCCGGACAUGGGGCAUGCUGUCAAUGUGCUCUCCUCCCUCGCCGAACUCUGGAAGCCAUCCGAUCCUGACUCAGAGGAUAGCUAUGGUAUCGAUCUCGAUAUGACAUUGCCUCAAGCUCUCAAGAAAUGGCAGGCAUUCGAGGAUAGCGGUCACUUGGACGGCGCAACAUCAUCCUUUUUAGCUAGUGUUGAUAACACACAAACUAGCAUUCCGACAAGGCCGCCGGGUUUUGCAGAAUCAUUCACUUCUGAGGAUGGAAGAUAGAUAACAAAAAUUAUCAGAAUGUUUUCAUUCCAUUCUCUUUGUUUUAGUUUCUUGUUUGACAUUGUUUUUUCCUCUUGGGAAGUUUGUUUCCCUCCCUUUUGUUCAUGAAUGCUGAUCUUUUUUUUUUUUUUUAAUUUUUAAAUUACUUUAAGCAAUGCUGGUGAUAUGUAUUUCCUUAAAUUAUUCUUCUCUUAUUUGUUGCUUGAUUGAUUCUGUUUUUGUUUGACAAGUUAUCAAAAGGAUUGAGAAAAAUGAG